AUGGCGAGCGCGGGGCGGCCGGGCCCGGGGCCGGGGCCGCGCGGCGCGGUGCCGGCGUGGAAGCGGGAGAUCCUGGAGCGGCGGCGGGCCAAGCUGGCCGGCUUGGGCUCGGGCUCGGGGUCGGGCGUGGAGCCCGAGGCGCUGGUGGUGGCCGAGAGCCUGGGCCCGCUGCGCGAGAACCCCUUCCUGCGGCUGGAGGCGGAGCGGCGGCGCGGCGCGGGCUCGGGCUCGGGGGCUCGGCCGGGCCCGGGGUCGAAGCCGAAGCCGGGGCCGCCGGCGAAGGUGCAGCCGCAGCUGCUGGAGCUGUGCAGCCUCGUGCCGGCCGUGCGCACCAUCCGCGCCGACAACAUCCUCAUCAUCGAGACGGCCGGGCCGGGCCUGGACCUGGACCUGGACCCGGCCGCCGAGCCCGCGCCGGGCCCCGCCGCCCGCAUCCGCGCCGCCGAGGUGCUGGUGUACGAGGCGCCGCCGCCGUCCCCCGGCCGGGUCAGCCGCCUGCUGCAGAAGUUCGACGCGCCCGCCGCGCCCGGCCGCCGCCGGGGCCACAGCCCGAGCCGCGGCCCCGUUCCCGGCCCCGACGCCCGGCGCGGCGGCUUCCUGCACAAGACCGGCAGCAACUCCUUCACCGUCCACCCCCGCGGCCUAACCAACGGGCCCGCCGCCCCCGAGCCCCCCCGAGCCGCCAACGGCCUCGAGGGCUCAACGCCGGAGCCCGGGCCUUGGACGCCAAAGGCGGGGCCCGCGGCCUCCCCGCCCCCUCGGACCGCCAGUCUCCGGACCCCCAGUGCCACUCGGGCCUUCGCCGCCGCCCCGCCGCCUGCCAGUGCCACCGCCACCCCCAGCCAGCGCCGCUGGGUCUCGGGGGCCGCCAGCGCCAACGACUCCUUCGAGAUCCGCCCGGCGCCCAAGCCCGACCUGCGCGCCAUCCCCGCCGGGGACCUCCAGGCCCGCGCCCUGGCCAGCCUGCGGGUCCACUCGCGGAACUCCUUCGUGCUGGUCCCCAAGCGCAGGGCCCCGGGAGCGGCUGCUCCGGGCCUGAGGCCGGCUGUGGCCACCUCGGGCUCGACCUCGGGCUCCUGGAGCGCCGACUGCAAAGACCCGCCGGGGCAGCAGCUCGGAGCGAAUGGCUUGUCGCCCUCCAGCUCCCGGCAGGAGGUGCCGGGCAGUCCCAGGCCGGCCACGGCCCUCGUGGACCCGAGAUCCCUGCAGCAGCCGUCGCCCUCCCCUUCCCCGUCUCCUGGGGCCACCGCUGAGGCGGGACCCACCCAGGGCAGCUGGGCCCCCGAGUUUCCCGAGAAUGGCACGGAGCCCGGGCUGCCCGUCACCUUCAUCGACGAGAUGGACUCAGAGGACGAGGCUCCCGGAGACGCCAAACUGCCCUGCGCCAGGGCCGCCCAGCGCCACCCGCAUCCCCCGGGGCCCGGGCACCUCUCUGGGAGUGAGUUCCCACACAGAGGCGGAAGCACUUUCCUGGUCGUGCCCAAGAGGAAGCCAGGGGUGCUGGUGGCCAGUGGGGAGCCGGGGGUCCCCGAGGGAGAGGGGCCGGGCCGCCUCUCAGAGCCCCCUGCCAGCCCCGGACCCACGCUGAAGCUGCGCUAUCCCACUGUGAAUGAGAUCGAGGUGGUCGGCGGGUACCUGGCCCUGCAGAGGUCCUGCCUGGCCAAGGCCGGCAGCUCAAGAAAGAAGAUGAAGAUCUCCUUCAAUGACAAGAGCCUGCAGACCACGUUUGAGUACCCCUCUGAGGACUCACUAGUGCAGGGCAGCAGAGAGGAGGAGGAGGAGGAGGAACAGCAGGAGGAGCCACAGCAAGAGCCCUUAGAUGGGGGCGUGGAGAAGUCCUUUAAGUUCUUCCUGCCCCGAGCCACAUUUGUGGGUAGCAAGGCCCCUGAGAACCUUCUUCUGCCCGAUGGCAACUCAUGCCUGUCCAGCUAUACUCCCAAGUAUUCGCUGGCUUUCAGCAAGUGGCAGGAACAGACACUGGAGCUGGCCCCAAGGCAGGUGGAGCCACCACUUAAGGAAGUCAUGCUUACCCCGGCCAGCCAGAAUGAUCUCUCGGACUUCCGCAGUGAGCCCGCCCUAUACUUCUGAGCCUGUUCCAGCAGCAAGGCCAAGCC